UCAUACACACUUCUAUAAUCUAUUUUCAUUCUAACGUCCCAAUUAAUUUUCCCAAGUACUUAGAAAUUUUCAUACGCCUAGAAACGUAUACAAAAUUGCCCAUAAAGACUUCACACUCACCCUUCUUCUUGACUUCUUCAUACCUAACAUUUCACCCCACAAAAAAAAUCAAAUUCCAUCACCUCCAAAUUUCCAUGGCUAGGCUCAAAAUGAUGCAGUUCACCGUUUUUUUGGUUAUCAUCUCGAUGGCGGUUCGAAUUGAAGGAUUGAAUCCAAGAAAGCUUGAUGAUGAAACUCCACCGGAUUUGCAGAACAAGUGUGGAAACUGUCCUUGCAACAACCCAUGUAACCAAGCCCCGCCCCCGCCUCCACCACCUUCACCAUCGCCUCCGCCUCCGCCGAAGAUUAAGCCACCAAGCAACUACUGCCCACCUCCACCUAGCGGCGGCGGCCAGUACCCUCCAAAUCCUCCUUACAUAUACAUAAAUGGUCCGCCCGGAAAUUUGUAUCCCGUCGAUCCUUAUUAUUCAGGCGCUAGCCGGAGGUUCUCUAUAGGAUUGCCAUUUUUUAUCAGCACGGUAUUGGGACUCAUAGCUUUCAUUUGAAUAUGAAAAAAUAGGCACAAAAUUUUAUGCAAUCCUUGAGGAGAUGCAUAAUCCAGAGAGAAGAAUUUCUUGGGAUCAGAAAUUUUAUUUCUAAUCUUUAGGUUGGUGUCAUUAAUCAGUUAUAAUUUGUAUCUUAAAUCUUCAAGUGAUCGACAAAUUUCAUCAAUAAACUUUCUGUUUCAUUUUCUUCU